AUGGAGAAUGCUUACGCUAGAUCGGUCAGCGAGGUUUUGGAGUUCUUUGGUGUGGAUCCUACGAGAGGCUUGACAGACUCACAGGUCGCGAAUCAUGGUAGAUUGUAUGGGAAAAACGGUACUCCUUUUUGGAGAUUGGUGUUGAAGCAGUUUGAUGAUUUACUCGUAAAGAUAUUAAUCGCUGCUGCUAUGGUCUCCUUCUUUUUGGCUUUGGCCAAUGGAGAGACAGGCCUUUCUGCCUUCGUGGAGCCUUCAGUUAUCCUCAUGAUACUGGCUGCAAAUGCAGCUGUUGGAGUAAUCACAGAAACAAAUGCGGAGAAAGCCCUCGAGGAAUUACGUGCAUACCAAGCUGAUGUUGCAACUGUCCUGCGAAAUGGUUCUUUUUCAAUCUUACCAGCAACUGACCUUGUCCCUGGAGAUAUUGUGGAAGUCAGUGUCGGUUGCAAGGUUCCGGCAGAUAUGAGGAUGAUAGAGAUGCUGAGCGAUCAAUUACGUGUCGAUCAAGCUAUUCUUACUGGUGAGAGCUGUUCUGUGGAAAAAGAACUGGAUGCCACUAAUGUUACAAAUGCAGUAUACCAGGACAAGACAAACAUUCUUUUCUCGGGAACAGUUGUGGUUUCUGGAAGGGCAAGAGCAGUUGUUGUUGGUGUUGGCUCCAAUACUGCAAUGGGAAGCAUACGCGACUCCAUGCUGAAUACAGAAGAUGAAGUGACACCACUAAAGAAGAAGCUGGACGAAUUCGGUACUUUCUUGGCUAAGGUCAUUGCUGGAAUUUGCAUUUUGGUUUGGGUUGUUAACAUUGGUCACUUUCGGGAUCCUGCGCAUGGUGGCUUCUUGCAAGGUGCAAUACAUUAUUUCAAGAUUGCAGUUGCUCUUGCUGUUGCAGCCAUCCCUGAAGGGCUACCUGCUGUGGUUACAACGUGUCUAGCUCUUGGAACAAAAAGGAUGGCUCGUUUAAAUGCCAUAGUUAGGUCUUUGCCAUCAGUUGAGACCUUAGGCUGCACUACGGUGAUAUGCAGUGACAAGACUGGUACACUGACCACCAAUAUGAUGUCCAUCUCAAAGGUAUCUGUUCUUCAUUCUGCGUAUGAUAUUCCUGUUGUAGCUGAAUAUAGUGUCAGUGGCACCACAUAUGCUCCUGAAGGUACAAUCUUUGACGAUACUGCAGAUGUGCAGCUCGAUGUUCCAGCGAAUUUUCAGUGCCUUCUACAUACUGCAAUGUGCUCAGCUCUUUGUAACGAGUCUGUUAUUCAGUACAACCCUGAGAAGAGAAGUUAUGAAAAGAUUGGUGAGUCGACCGAAGUAGCGCUCCGUGUACUGGCAGAAAAGAUUGGGCUUCCUGGUUUUGAUUCUAUGCCUUCGGCUUUUAAUAUGUUGUCCAAGCAUGAAAGGGCGUCAUACUGUAAUCGGUAUUGGGAGGACCAAUUCAAAAAGGUCUCAGUGUUGGAUUUCACUCGUGAUCGAAAGAUGAUGAGUGUACUUUGUAACCGGAAGCAGGUACAAAUUAUGUUCUCAAAAGGUGCUCCAGAGAGCAUUCUUCCUCGAUGCACAAACAUUAUGUGCAAUAAUGAUGGUUCAACUGUUCGUCUAACGCCAGAAAUUAGAUCCGAGAUAGAUUCUAAAUUCCACAGUUUUGCAGGAAAAGAAACUUUAAGAUGCUUGGCUUUAGCCUUGAAAAGGAUGCCACUUGGGAAGCAGGCUCUAUCGUACGAUGACGAGAAAGAUCUUACAUUUAUUGGGUUGGUUGGCAUGCUUGAUCCACCGAGGGAGGAAGUAAGAAAUGCUAUUCUUUCUUGUAUGACUGCUGGGAUACGUGUCAUAGUUGUUACUGGAGAUAACAAGAUCACUGCAGAAUCAUUGUGCAAAAGAAUUGGUGCCUUUGAUCACAUGGAUGAUUUUGUCGGGCUUUCUUAUACUGCUUCGGAAUUUGAGAACCUUCCUGCAUUGCAGAAGACAAUUGCCUUGCAGCGGAUGUCAAUUUUCACACGGGUGGAACCAUCUCACAAGAGGAUGCUCGUUGAAGCAUUACAGCAUCAAAAUGAAGUGGUUGCAAUGACUGGAGAUGGAGUUAAUGAUGCACCUGCUCUGAAGAAAGCAGACAUUGGAAUUGCCAUGGGAUCUGGAACUGCAGUGGCAAAGAGUGCUUCAGAUAUGGUUUUGGCUGACGAUAAUUUUGCCACAAUAGUUGCUGCUGUUGCUGAGGGAAGGGCUAUUUACAACAACACUAAGCAGUUCAUUAGAUACAUGAUCUCUUCCAAUAUUGGUGAAGUAGUUUGCAUCUUUGUUGCUGCACUGCUCGGCAUUCCUGACACACUUGUGCCUGUUCAGUUGCUUUGGGUGAAUUUGGUAACAGAUGGCCUACCUGCAACUGCGAUUGGCUUCAAUAAACAAGAUUCUGAUGUUAUGAAGGCCAAACCUCGCAAGGUCAAUGAAGCUGUUGUCACCGGAUGGCUGUUCUUUCGUUAUUUAGUAAUUGGAGUUUACGUUGGGCUUGCUACUAUUGCUGGAUUUGUGUGGUGGUUUCUAUAUUCUGACAAUGGGCCUAAACUGCCGUACACUGAACUGGCAAGUCUCAGGCAACCUGGUGGUAUGAAUUUCGACAGUUGCUCAACGAGGGAAACAACUUAUUCUUGUGCUGUUUUCAGUGAUCGUCAUCCGUCAACUGUUUCGAUGACUGUACUUGUUGUUGUUGAGAUGUUCAACGCACUGAACAACCUCAGUGAAAAUCAAUCACUCAUAGUCAUCCCUCCCUGGAGUAAUUUGUGGCUUCUUGGGUCGAUUGCCCUUACAAUGAUGCUUCAUGUACUUAUCCUAUAUGUGGAACCACUCUCUCUUCUUUUCUCUGUGGCGCCACUAAGCUGGGCUGAAUGGACUGUCGUACUGUAUCUUUCUUUUCCAGUAAUAAUCAUUGAUGAGAUUUUGAAGUUGUUUUCAAGAUCUAGUGGUCGUAUUAGGUUUAACUUCAGAUUCCGGAGAGGAGAUUUACUGCCGAAAAGAGAAGUGCAUGACAGCUGA